AUGCUUAUGCGUCAAGUUUGUGUCGCUUUGGCCAUUGCGGCUUUGGCUGAGGCUGCUCCCGCUACUGUUAAACAUGUCUUGCAUGAGAAGCGGGACCGACAGUCUUAUGACUGGGUGAAAAGUGGCCGGGUUGAGAGUGAUGCGAUCUUGCCUGUCCGCAUUGGUAUGAGCCAAAACAACCUGGAAAAUGGUUAUGACCAUCUCAUGGAAGUCUCCCACCCAGACUCGCCCCGUUAUGGAAAGUUCUGGUCUGCAGAGGAGGUGCAUGAUAUGUUCGCUCCCUCCGAUGAAGCUGUGGAGUCAAUUCGGCAGUGGCUUGAAGCUAGCGGCAUCCACCCGUCUCGAGUCGUUCACUCCGAUAACAAGGGUUGGAUUGCAUUCGAUGCCUAUGCACAUGAAGCGGAACGGUUGUUCAAGACCGAGUUCUAUGAGCACGAGCACGUGGCUACUUCGAGCAUGAAAGUUGGAUGCGACGAGUACCAUGUUCCGGAGCAUGUUCAGAGACACAUUGACUACAUCACACCCGGAGUCAAGCUGACCCCAGUGCUUAAGAAGCUUACCAAGGCCAAGCGGGCGUCUCAAUUGAUUGGUGUGAAGACCAAUUCGAAGGCUGUGGCUGAUGAAGAAAACUACUCGAUUCCUGCCAAGGCUUUGUCCCUUGCGGAAGAUCUUCAGGGCUGUGGGUACAACAUGACCCCGACCUGCAUUAAGGCCAUGUAUGAUAUCCCGGAUGCCAAGACGGCAGUUAAGGGAAACUCUCUUGGUCUUUAUGAGCAGGGUGAUUACUUUGCCAAGUCGGAUAUCGACCUCUUUUACAAGGCGUAUGCCCCGUGGGUGCCACAGGGUACCUAUCCCAUCCCUGCUUUGAUUGAUGGAGCCAAUUUCUCUGUGCCAGCCUACAGCUCACUGAACACUGGUGAAUCCGAUAUUGACAUUGACAUGGCCUUCUCAUUGAUCUACCCCCAAACGGUGACUCUGUACCAGGUCGAUGACCAGAUUUACGAGCCCGAGGAGGUCGCGACCACCAACCUGUUCAACACUUUCCUUGAUGCUCUCGAUGGUUCUUACUGCACAUACACUGCCUACGGAGAGACAGGCGAUGACCCAUCCAUUGACGCUGUCUACCCCGACCCAGCAGCCGGAGGCUACAAGGGCAAGCUCCAGUGCGGUGUCUAUAAGCCAACCAACGUCAUCAGCGCCUCCUAUGGCCAGGCUGAAGCUGAUCUCCCCGUCGGCUACACCAAGCGCCAGUGCAACGAGUUCAUGAAGCUAGGACUCCAAGGCCACUCUAUCCUUUUCGCAUCUGGUGAUUAUGGCGUGGCCUCAUUCGCCGGUGAUGGCGAUUCCAACGGCUGCCUGGGUCCAGACAGCAAGAUUUUUAACCCGCAGUACCCCUCCAACUGCCCCUAUGUCACAUCCGUUGGAGGUACCAUGCUUUACACUGAUCAGACCGUUGAUGAUGCCGAGAGCGUCAUGCACGCCAACCUCGGUGGCACAGCUGCCAACUUCAGUACCUCUGGAGGUUUCUCCAACUACUUCCCUCAGCCCGCGUACCAGAAGGCCACUGUGGAGAAGUACUUCAAGAAGGCCGACCUGACCUACCCCUACUACUCGGAGUUUGAAGUCGACGUCAACACCACCUCGGGACUUUACAACCGUAUCGGACGUGCUUAUCCCGACGUCUCGGCCAACGGUGCCAGAUUCCGUGCCUACACUGACUCUUACGAUUACUUCUACUAUGGAUCCAGUCUGGCAUCGCCACUUUUUGCUUCGGUCCUGACUCUGAUCAACGAGGAGCGUAUCGCCAAGGGCAAGGGACCCGUUGGUUUCGUCAACCCGGUCCUGUACGCACACCCUGAGGUGCUUAAUGAUAUCACAAACGGUACCAGUGCUGGAUGUGAUACCGAUGGAUUCGCUGCUAUUGAAGGAUGGGACCCUGCGACUGGUCUGGGAACUCCCAACUACCCCAAGAUGAAGAAGUUGUUCCUCUCACUUCCUUAG